ACCAUCAGAGCAAAAUCUCUACGCUAUCCGUCGCAUCCCGAAAGUAAAGACUGCCAUGAUGGUGUGAGCAAGACGAUGGGAACAUUUCGAGAAUCAAACCCCGGAAUGUGUCAUUGUUGCUUAGGCAGCAACCCUGCAGGAACGGAAGACGGACGAACCGCGUCCCCGGCUCCGAGACGGUCGAUACAUCGUCCCAUGUUGGAAAAAUCGGUUCAAUGUCAGCAUCAGUAAGUCUCACAAACAUAAUCCUGAUCACAAGACAAUUCUGGUCUCAUGGUCUUCACUGAAGACACACAUAUAUCUACUACUCAAUCCAAUUGAUAUUGGUCCAUUCUGGUCUCUCCGUCACGCACCUGAACAACAAUGCCUUCACAACAAUUUAACACUCUCAAAGCCAUACCGGACCUGUCCGGAAAGGUCAUUCUCAUUACAGGAGGUACUUCCGGCGUGGGCGCAGAAACAGUAAAACAACUCGCAGUUCACAAUCCAAGCAAGAUCUUCUUCACCGGCCGGAACACAAAGGCCGCCAACACUCUUAUCGAGUCAACAAAACUUCUCAAUCCACAUGUCCAAGUCCGAUUUGUACCUUGCGAUCUUUCUGAUCUGAGUUCCGUGCGCCAAGCAAGUAACAGAAUCGCUGCAAAGGCAACAAGAAUUGAUCUCUUCUUUUGCAAUGCUGGAGUGAUGGCACUCCCACCCGGUCUUAGCAAAGAUGGCUACGAACAACAAUUCGCCACCAACCAUCUCGGCCAUGCGCUUUUGAUCGACCUUCUCAUGCCAGUACUGCAGGACACGGCGGCGUUGCCAGGCUCCGACGUCCGCAUCAUCAUUACAUCUUCACAGGCAGCCACCAUGGGAUUGACGCCGAAGGGUGGCAUCAACUUCCGUGUGUUGAGAACAGAGCAGAAGAUGUUUGGUGGACGUUGGCUUCGCUAUGGACAGUCGAAGCUGGCGAACAUCUUGUACGCCAAGGCUUUGCAGAAGCAGUAUCCUUGUAUCACCACUGUGUCCAUACACCCAGGUAUUGGUUACACAGGCUUGCAAGGCAAUCUCAAAUUGUUCGAUCGUUUCAUCAUGUGGAUCACCACAAUCGGCAAGCGAAGCUCUGUCGAGCAGCUCUCAUGGAAUGGACUUUGGGCUGCCACAGCGCCGAAAGGAGUAGCAAAGGGCCAGGUGCAAGGGGGAGAGUACUUCGAGCCCAUUGGCAUCAAGCCAAGAGCCAUCGAUUACCAAACCAACACAGCUUUGGAGGACGAGCUAUGGGAUUGGACACAAGAAGAGUUGGAAGCUUGGGAAUUGAAAGCAGGCCUCAAGGAUCAUUAGUCGAGUUUGUUAUCUGCUUUCUUUGGACCGACCACUGUGAUCAAUCGAGUUGCUUCCGCCGCUUCUGGUAUCUCGGGAGAGGAAACUCCGCGCCCGCCGAUGAGGCAGAGAGUUUUCAGUCCU